CACCAGCUUCCACACGUGGGAACAGACACUGGCUUCUCCUCCUGUUCGCUGCUGACGGACGACGACCUUCAUCCCUUCAUCCCUUCACCGCUCUCCAUCCAACAGACAGAGAAAGAAAAAAUGAAGAUCACCAUCAUAACAUUUUGCCUCAUCGGAGCAGUUUUUGCCAACCCAAUUUCUCUCAAUGCCGUCCUGGACACGAGUGAGCUUGAUUCGAACUCGACUGAAAGUGCGUCUGUUUCACAAUCGUCUGAAAAUAACACCUCGGAGCAGAGCUCUGAAGAAAGUACCUCAAAUCAAAGUUCAGAGUCAGAAUCUUUAGAAUCCACAUCAGAGGACAAGACAUCGGAGGAGAGUGACAGUCAGUCAGAUGAGUCAGAUCAGAGUGAAUCGAUGACUGAAACCAAAGAUAACAGCAUGAGCAGUGAGGAGAACGUACGAAGGAGUUGGGUCCCAGUCUUUCAUAUCAUGCAAGAACUGAGCGGCGAGGACAACAGCAGCAGCACCGAGGUCAAAGGUCAAGAGGAGCAGCUGAGCACCCCGGAGCCCACCAGCAGCAGCGAAAGCUCAGACACCAGCGAGGCCACCACUGCUCCCACCACCAGCGAGAGCAGCAGCAGUGAAAGCAACGAGACCAGCGAGAGCAGCGAGAGCCCAGAGGACAGCGACAGUGCCGAGGUCCGGCAGAUGAGAACCAGUGACUGUGUGAACGGAACCCAGAGCUGUGAAAGUGAAGAGCACUUCUUCCACGACAUAGGAGACGACGGCCAUCACGGUGUGGACAAUCUGAUGGUGCCGGAUGACGACGAGCGGGAGCUGACCCUGCGGAGAUGAUCACGUGCCCUCGUGCAGCUUUAAUUUUCCCACUAUGAACUACACAACCAUUAUAGGUGACCUGAAUGAAGACUCUCGUGUUUCCUCUUGCCCAUCGCUUCUGAAUGUUGAUUUCCUGCAUUUGACUGUCGCCUGCAGCUGAUUUAUUGUGUACGUGUGACUGUUGUUAUGAUGUAGCCA